CCAGGCCAAGGCCAACUAGGCAACAAGCCCACACACACAACCCCCAGGCCCCACCACCCCACGGCUUCCCCAACAAUCCAUUGCCCGCCGGCGCUCUCCGCGGCUCCGCCUUUUCCCUGUCGAGGAGCAGCAACAAGCAAAGCCACGCCGGCGAGCGGGCGGGAGGCAAUGCCGCCAAAAUCGGAUAGCGUCGAAGGAAUCGUCCUGGGUUUCGUCAAUGAGCAAAACAGGCCAUUGAAUUCACAGAAUGUAGCUGACGCGCUACAGAAGUUUAAUCUGAAGAAAACUGCAGUACAAAAGGCACUGGAUGCAUUGGCCGAUAGUGGACAGAUUUCCUUCAAGGAGUAUGGCAAGCAGAAAAUUUACAUUGCUCGGCAAGAUCAAUUUGACAUUCCAAAUGGGGAAGAACUUGAGGAGAUGAAGAAAGCAAAUGCCAAGUUGCAGGAAGAACUUGCAGAUCAAAAGAAAGCAAUUAGUGAGGUUGAAUCUGAGGUACGAGGUCUGCAAUCAAACUUGACACUGGCAGAGAUUAAGUCAAAGGAGACUAAAUUACAAAGCGAAGUCCAGGAAAUGGAAGAGAAACUCGAUAAAUUGCAGAGUGGUGUCAUCUUGGUGAAACCUGAGGACAAGAAGAUCAUUGAGGAUUCUUUUGCUGAAAAAGUUAACCAAUGGAGAAAGCGGAAGAGGAUGUUCAAGGAGCUUUGGGAUAAUAUUACUGAGAAUAGCCCAAAAGAUCAGAAGGAAUUUAAGGAAGAGCUUGGCCUUGAGUAUGAUGAAGAUGUUGGCGUGAACCUGCAGUCUUACACUGACAUGCUGGCAAGUCUUAACAAGAGGCGUAAAAUUUCUCGCUGAUGUAGCAUGAGUAUCUAAAUCACAAGUCAAAAAAUCAGUUACAGAAGUUUUGCCAACUACGCAUCAUGGUCCUGCUGUUUCUUACAGUUUCUGUAGCUGAGCUGUUCCAGAAUCCAGAUUGAUGAUGUUGUCCUCUGUUAAUAUUUAAUUAUUUAUUGCCUUAUGAGUGUUCUAGUGGGUAGUUUCAGACCUUAGCGGAUGUGUUAAUCCUGCCAGCAAUGAGGUUUAAUAUAUCUCUGAACCAGUUGAGUGACACCAAAUUCUCCACCCUCUUUGAUUGUAUCUAAAACAAUGCAUACAGCAAUAUAUGAUGAUUUGGCACCCUGCUUA